AUGUCACCUCCUCAUUCUCUUCUCCUCGGCCCUCCCGAAAUCCACCUCUCCACCCCUUCUUCCGCCGUCCCUUCCACUCCAUCCGCCGUUAAACCAAAGGUAGCCAGCUCCGGCGAUCCUUUCAUCGAUGCUUUGGUAUCUAGCUUCAACAAUAUCACCCCUAAACCACCGAUGGGGUUCACGGAAAACAACUCUCUCACCUUCCUAUCUACAGGCAACCCCUGCCUCGACUUCUUCUUCCAUGUCGUCCCAGAUACACCACCCGAGAGUCUGAAACAGCGAUUAGAUUUGGCAUGGAGCGACAAUGCUUUAACCACUCUCAAGCUUAUCUGCAACUUGAGAGGUGUCAGAGGAACUGGAAAAUCAGACAAGGAAGGAUUCUAUACAGCUGCUCUAUGGCUCCACAAAAACCACCCUAAAACCCUCGCCUGCAACGUGAGGUGGUUUGCAGAAUUUGGUUACUUCAAGGAUUUGCCGGAGAUUCUCUACAGGUUGAUCGAAGGAGCUGAUGUUCGAAAAAUUGCAAAGGAAGGGAGACGGAACAAAGUACGAAGGAAAUCGGGAAGGUCGAGGCCGAUCUUUAAGAAGAAGAAGAAAAUGUCCAAGACAGAAAAGCAGGAACGUAGACAGAAAAUUGAGGCUAAAUACUUGGUGCCGCAAGAGGAGAGGAUAGCGGCUGCUAUGGAGAAGGUCAAGAUUCAGAAGGAGAACGCCAGAGAUUUCAGGAAGGAGAAGAUCGUCUCCAAGGCGAAGAAAGCUGUCGAGAGGUAUAGCCGUGAUCCAGAUUACAGAUUCUUGCAUGAUCGGGUCUCUGAUGUUUUCGCUGAGCUCUUGGUCGCCGAUCUUCAGUUCUUGAAAUCUGGACAACUCGGUAAUAUAAGCCUUGCAGCCAAGUGGUGUCCCUCUCUCGAUUCUUCUUUCGAUCGAUCUAUUCUCCUCUGUGAAAGCAUCGCAAGGAGAGUCUUCCCGCGCGAUUCUUACCAAGAAUACGAGGGCGUCGAAGAAGCUCACUAUGCCUACCGAAUCCGCGAUCGUCUUCGUAAGGAAUAUUUGGUUCCACUCCGAAAAGUUUUAGAGUUGCCGGAGGUUUACAUGUCUGCAAAUUUGUGGAAUUCGCUCCCGUACAAUCGUGUUGCCUCGGUGGCCAUGAAAACCUACAAGGAGCACUUCCUGAAACACGACAAGGAGCGGUUCCAGGAAUACCUCGACAGUGUACAACGUGGAGAAGCCAAAAUCGCUGCCGGGGCAUUACUGCCGCACGAGAUCAUAGCAUCCUUAAAUGACGACGAUGGCGGUAAAGUUGCAGAGCUUCAGUGGCAGAGAAUGGUGGACGAUCUUUCAAAGAAGGGGAAGCUAAGAAACUGCAUUUCGGUCUGCGACGUCUCUGGAAGCAUGUAUGGGACGCCAAUGGAAGUCUGUGUUGCGCUGGGGCUAUUAAUCUCGGAGCUGAAUGAAGAGCCAUGGAAAGGGAAGGUAAUCACCUUCAGCGAUGUUCCUCAGCUUCACAUGAUCGAGGGAAAUGAUCUUCUAGCGAAGACUCAGUUCAUCAGAGAGAUGGAUGCGGGAUUUAACACAGAUUUUCAGAAAGUGUUUGAUCGAAUUCUGGAAAUCGCCCUUGAAGGAAAGCUAAAAGAGGAGCAGAUGAUAAAGAGGGUCUUCGUGUUCAGCGAUAUGGAGUUCGACCAGGCCUCGGUGAACAAUUGGGAGACCGACUAUGAAGCAAUACUGAGGAAAUUCAAGGAAAGUGGGUACGCAUCGGUGCCUGAGAUUGUGUUCUGGAACCUGAGGGACUCACGAGCGACACCGGUUCCCAGCAAUCAGAGUGGGGUUGCUAUGGUGAGUGGAUUUUCCAAGAAUCUGGUAACACUGUUCUUGGAGGGCGAUGGGGUGGUGAACCCAAACAGCGUGAUGGAGCUCGCCAUCUCCGGCGAAGAAUACCAAAAACUCGUCGUUUUGGAUUAAUGAUUCAUGACCUAAA